UCGUAACGUAUUAAAUACGUUUUUAUACAAUAAAAUUUAAUUUUUAGUGUUAAAUAAUGGCUGCACAACGAGCAUUACCACAAAGUAAAGAAGCUUUAUUAAAAUCUUACACUACAAGAUUAAAGGAAGAUGUAAAAUCUAUGCUUGAAAAUUUUGAAGAAAUUAUAAAGUUAGCCAAAGGAGAAAGCGACUCCCAAUUAUCUCGUAUGACACAAUGCGAACAGGAUACUUAUGAAAUGCAUGUUAGAGCAGCGAAUAUUGUUCGUGCUGGAGAAUCUUUAAUGAAACUUGUAUCUGAUAUAAAACAGUAUUUGAUACUCAACGAUUUUCCAUCGGUAAAUGAAGCUAUAGCGCAAAAUAGUAAAUUAUUUAGGACAAAACAAGCUGAGUGUGAUCAAAAAUUAGCAUCUUUAAGAGACGAUAUGGCUGCGGAUUUAUACGAUUUGGAAGAAGAAUAUUAUACAUCAAUAUAUAAAUAACACAGAUUUUAGAUAUUUAAGGAUGUGCAAUUGUGUUCUUGGACCAUGAAUUGACUGAAAUAUUAUUUAUUUGUUCAAUAAACUGUAUAUAUUUAUUUAAAUAAAUAAGAAUAGUUUUGAUAGUA